GUUACGGACAAAAACUGCAUGACUUCAUCUAUCCGCUGUUGAAUGUCCACGAGGCUGCAGGAGGAGGGUUUCAUGUUUGAAGGCACGCGGAAGAACAAGAAGGAGUCUGAACCUGAGACUGGUGUGCAGCAGCCAACCACCAAUUUAUUUAAUCAUCUAAUGCUGCUUUACUUGCUAUGGCGACAAUAAAGAGCCCUUAAGUGGUGCAUUCAGAGCCAGUCAGGAGGAUUCUGUUUCUGCAGCUCACGCAUCCACCUUCCAAAGGUGUGCCAAGAAUGGAGGAAGAGGAGGGCGCAGCCAAAGCUGGGGAAGACAGCACAGAGAGGAGGGGCUCAGACUUGGGCAUCACGGCCCUCCUAAGCAAAACCAAGGAGUUCUUCCAGACGUGUGAUGUGGAGGGAAAAGGCUUCCUCACCCGCUUGGAUAUGAGGAGGCUCCACAGAGAAGUGCCUCUGUCUGCAGAGGAGCUGGAGGACGUGUUUGACUCCCUGGAUAUGGAUCAUGCUGGUUACCUCACACUGGAGGCCUUUUCCUCCAGAUUCAGUCAGUUUCUGCACGGACGGAGAAUCUCUGUAACAGAUGACCAACAUCAAGCCUCUGGCCCCGUCCUUAAAACAAAAGAAGCUCUUUACCAGAGUCAGUGGGAAGCCAAGCUGUCGGGUGAUGAAGAUGAGGAGGAGAGGCACUUCUGUAUGCUGCUGGAGAGUCUGGGAGCCAUUAAUGUCUUCGAGGAUCCAGGUGAGGUACAGAAUCUUUGGACCCAGUUCAGACGAGAUGAGCCACACCUUUUGUCCAAUUUUGAGGAGUUUCUGGCGAGAGUGACAGUGCAAAUUAAAGAAGCGUACCAGGAGAAGAAGGAGAUGGAGAGUGCUUUACAGAGGAAAGCUGCAACACAUGACAGCGAGAUCCGUCAUUUGUACGAAGAGAUGGAGGCUCAGAUAAAAACUGAGAAGGAACGGCUGCUGUUGAUGGACUCUGAGCGCCUGCAGCUGCGCAGCCAGGACCUGGAGCAUCAGCUGCGGUCAAAGGAGCGAGAGCUUGAGUAUCUUUUCCAGAAGCAGAAACGGUUGGAGCUUCAGUGCAAUGAGCUGAACAGCGAGAAGCAAGAGAGCCACGUGGAGAACCUCAAGCUGAAAAUGACCAACGACGAGCUGUCCAAAGCGCUGGAGUGCACCGGCCAAGAGCUGGCUCUGGCCCAAGAACAGCUGGCCAUGCUGCAGGAGCAGGCCAGACGACUGCAGCAGGAGAAGGAGAUGGAAAUGUACAGAGUAACUGAAGGACUGCAGAGAGAGAAGCAAAGUCUCAUGAGGCAGCUGGACCUUCUCCGGGAGAUGAACAAACAUUUAAAAGAUGAGAGGGACAUGUUCUGUGAAGUGCAGAAGCAGAGGGAAGACCUCGAUGAGAUGUUAGAUGACACAUCCAAGCUGGAACAAAGUGAAGAUGACAAUGAUUCUUCUAAUUGCAUUGUGAUUGACGGCACCUUUUCAAGCCAGCGAAGGCCUUCAGCAAGGACAAACUUGGCAAAUGGGGAUGUCGUUCCUGUCCAAAGUUCACACAGCAGGAAGCCCAAGAGCAGAAAGGAGGCAGGCAAAAUGACUCCGAAGUUGAUGUUGAGAAAUGGAGCAACACAGAGAUCAGAAAUGGUGAAGGCAGGAACAGCUGAGGAGUUUAUGGAUGCACUUCCUGAAGGGUGGCCUCUCCGCCGGGUUAUCUCUAUCGAAGAAGACCACUUGCCGCAUCUUCUUCAAGACGGACCUCAGCCCUUACUGCACCAGCUCAGUGAAGAGGAUGAUGUGAAAGCACAGAGCAAAACUGAAACUCCUGUUGCCAUGGCUACAAAUACCACUUUAGUAAAUCUUUCCAGACACACUGGAAAGCCCGCAGAAGAUGCAUCUGUGAAGAAAUCCUGCUUUGCAAGAGGGAAGACGACACCAGUGUCUCCAAGACAACAGCCUGUGGGGAAAGAGAGCCAGCAAAUGACAAAAGAAAGAACUCUGUUUGCUCCAGACCGUUUAUUUAAGGUGGUACUUGUUGGAGACUCCUGUGUAGGCAAGACAUCCCUGCUGCGCUCCUUCUGUGAGGGGCGUUUCCAUCCCUCAUCAACUACUACUGUGGGUAUUGACUACAGUGUGAAGACAUUAACCCUUGACAGUAUCCAGAUAGCCAUGCAGCUUUGGGACACUGCAGGUCAAGAAAGGUACCGCAGCAUCACCAAGCAGUUCUUCCGGAAGGCGGACGGCGUGGUUGUGAUGUUUGACGUCACACUGGAGGAGAGCUUUAAGGCUGUGCGACCCUGGCUCAACAAUGUCCAGGAAGCGGCAGGAGAAGGGAUCCCUAUUCUCCUUUUGGGCAACAAAAUGGACAUGGAACAAGAGAGGGAGGUGUCAUUUAAAGCAGCGGAGAGACUGGCUUUUGAAAAUAACAUGAUGUUCUAUGAAGUCAGCGCCUACACUGGCAUGAACGUGACAGAGUCUCUGACUCACCUGGCCAGAGUAUUAAUUGAGCAGGAGGACAGGGUGAGAGACACAACUGUCACCCUCACUGCAGCUCACCCCAUUAAAAAGAAAACCUGCUGCAAGUGAAAAAGCACCAUCCAGCUGCAGCAAAUUAGCCAGGAGGAAUUCAAGCGAACAUGCUGGAUAUAAGAAGUACUCAGGCGAUUGUCAGCGAACAUACUGCAUCUUCAACACAAAAGGAAAGUAAGAAUCAGAUUGGUGUUAACAAGCACUUUUCAUUUUGACCCAGAGACGUGGUGCAUAUGCUCAUGUCUGCGUGAAGGAUGACAUUGUCAGGUUAGGGGGAAAGGAUGCUGUAAAGCAAGAAACUUGCAGCAGUUUCAAUAGUGAGACCACUAAUUCUUGUAAAUAUCAAUGCUCCCAACUCCAUAGUGAUGACAAAUGGUUUAUGAACAGUUUAACAGAAAGUCAAUUGAGAGAAAAAUUACACUUUUGAACCAUUUUUAAGGAUUGUUAGCCUAACAUCUCGUACCGUCUGUUAUUAAGACUUUCUAUUUGUCGUUACCUCUAAUUUUUUGAUAUUCCUUGAUUAACAAAUGAAAUAAAGACAUCCUGCAUAUAUGUUUGUUUGUCUUCUGAAA